AUGAGUCAACAACGAACCAGAAGUAGUUCCAAUUCAAAGGCCUCCGCCAACAUGCAUCUGUUUCAAUACCUGAUGAGUGAGGAAGAAAUGGCUGAGGCGAGAGCCUUUUAUGAAUUGUUAUUGAUUUCCGAUGAGGAAUUUUUCUUAGAUAACAAGCCUCAACCCACCAAAGGUGAUACCAUCGCCUACAAUGAUACUAGUGGUGGUGGUGGUGUCAUCAUCAACAACAACAACAACUUUAAUGCCAAUACUGCAAACAAUGCCCUGAGUGCUUUUUCGUUUCCUCCCCCGAAAAGACAAGACUUGACUCCCUCACCGUCUGAGUUGCCUGGGAACUAUAAUGCCUCAACCAAUUUAUCGAUCAGUAUUCCUUCCUUACAAACUAGCGAUAUCAAUAGCAACUCCAACACAGCUCCUACUCGCAACAAUACACCUUUACAGAAUAUUAAGGUCAAAAGAAAAUCCAUAACUGAUCAGCAACAACUGACCAACAGAAGAAUGACCUCUCGUGAUCUCAGAGGCCUAUUUCAAAGAAUCGGAUACAGAGUAACGAAUGAGCAAAUACGAGAAAUAAUUCAGUCUGCACAUGAAUCCUAUUACAGGAAAAAAGACAUUCACUUACCCAACGAUUCCAUCAGCUUUAAUGAAUUCGUUCACCUCAUUAUGGACAAACCAGAACCUUCUGGAAUCGGACGCACGCAAUUACUGGAGGCAUUCAAAAUUUUAUCAGAGAAUGACGAGGAAGGAAAAGAUGGCUGGAUCAAUACCGAUGAGCUUGAGCAUUAUUUGACUCAUUUUCAUUACUGGACAGAGAAAAACUACGUCAAACAAACUGGAGAUGUUUCGUCACAGUCAUUUCUCACUGGAGAAUCAAAACCCUUCACAAAACGAGACUUUAAUAAGGUGAUGGAUAUCUUGGAUCCAUAUCGAAGUGGGCGAUUCAACUUUAUCAAAUUCGUUGGAAUGGUCUAUGAUGGACUUUUACAUGAUGAGGAGAGUAGCUUUGAUUCGUUUGAUCAUUUACAAUGA